AACACAAGGGACAUAAAAAAUAACUCAUCAGAGUUGAGCCGUAAUUACAGAACAAUCACUGAACUCCAUGACCCCCAUAUAGAACGCGCCGUUGUCAUGGAACCAUUAUGACAUCACAUAAUGGUUAUAAAAAGGCUCAGCCAGAUGAGACCGGUAUCAUUUGACUAAUCUGAACGCUUGGCUUUGGUUGACUCCGAACGCUACUGACAGAUUACCAAGUGAAUUUUGCAGACUUUCAAAAAGUUCGCAACUUUAAACUGCUCGACGCACUGUGUACAUACAGACUGUUUACUUAGAUUUCAACUCUCUGUGAACCGAGUCUAAACACAGUUAAGUCUUUCAGUUUUUCUUCGACAUGUUUCGUCCUAUAACACCAUUGUCUGACAAGGACAUGGAAGGAACAGAUGUCGAAAACAUGGAUUUUAUUCUACCGAAUGCUGUGCCGAACUUUGACGAUGUCCUUGAUAUUGGACUUUCGUCACAAGUCGGGCGCGCUGCCGGUUGUUUUAAUCCAUGUGGAGGAGAGGAGGAGGAGGAGGAUUAUGAGGUGGAUGUUUAUCCAACACUUACUGAGGCGAAACGCCAAAGAGUGUUUGGAAGAGAGAUGGAUUCAUUCCUACCGAAUGCUGUGUUGACCUGUGACUAUGUCCCUGAUAACGGACUUUCGUCUGAGGUCGGCUGCGCUGCCGGUUGGUUGAAUCCAAGUGGAGGAGUAGAGGAGAAAAUCCCAACAAUGUUGGGAUGGAGAUGUGAUGAUGACGGAAUGGAUUUUGUCCUUCCAACUGCUGUCCUUGACAUUGUCCCGAACAACGGACAUUUGUUAGACAGACACGCAGGUAGUGCACAUCCACGAGGAGGAGUAAAGGAGUUUACUCCUGUAUUUGAGGAGGCGAACAGCCCCAAAGAAAAUUGCAUGACUAAAAUCUUGAACUCAAUAAAGAAGGCGUGGAAGAAUGUAAAGCAACCAUGCCUUCAGAAUGAUAAGGUGGAAACACUGAUUCCUUCAGAGCUUAAUGCAGAUUCAGCUAUUCCUAAUCUAAAGGAUGAUGCUGGUCUGGGGAGCUCUGAAUUAAACACUGAAAUCAAACCGGACAAACGAAAGGCUUUCUUUGGCUGUCUCUGGAGGGGCAAGGUGGAGUCGAUGCCGACUCCACAGCUUAAAGCCGAUCCAGCUAUCCCUGAUGUUGGGGAAGUUGUUGAUCCGGCAUCUCAGUCAAAGACCUACGUUAGUCCGAAGAAACAGAAACAGAAACAAAAGGCUUCAAAGAGCCGCAAAUGUAACCUCCAGGGAGAAAAAGUGACUGUUGUGCCAACUCAACAGCCCAAGGCUAUUUCAGAUAUUCCUGUUGGCAUGGAUGUUCCUGCUCUGGCCAGCCCCCAAUCAAAAACAAAGAUUCAUCCGGAUAGUCGCAAGACAUUGAAGCAACGCAUCCAUGGAUGCUUCCGGAGGGGCAAAGUGGAGUCAAUGCCGAUUUCACAGAUUGAAGUCGAUCCAGCUAUCCCUGAUGCCAGGGAAGUUGUUGAUAUGGCAGAUUCUCAAUCAAAGAUUGUUGGCUUAAAGAAAAACAAAAAAAAGGCUUCAAAGAGCCGCUUAUUUCACAACCCUUGGAGAAAAAAAGGGAAAAAAGAUGCCGAUCCAGCUAUUCCUGAUGCCAUGGAUGGUGCGGAUCUGGCCAGUUUUGAUGGCAUCGCUGCAGCCAAUGCCAGGCUACAGAAGGUGGGUGCCAUUCUAGAGAAUAUUGGGUUAAAAGGUGGCGGAAAUCCCGACCCAAAUAAAGCUACUGGGUCAAAAGAUGAUAAAGAUGUCAGGCCAAAAGCUGUUAGAAAUCUCAGACAUCCUUGGAUUCAUAACCCAAGUAGAUUUAAAAAUCCUGGGCCUAAAGAUGAUAAAGUGGUCAAGCCAAAAGCUGUUAGAAAUCCCAGACAUCCUCGGAUUCCUAAUCCAAGUACAACUAAAAAUCCUGGGCAAGAAGAUGAUAAAGUUGUCAGGCCAAAAGCUCUUGGAAAACCCAGAAAGCACAGGCCAAAAGAUGAUAAAGAUGUCAGGCCGAAAAAAGUAAAUGUUUUUCAACGAGCUAUUGAAACUAUACGCAAGAUGAAACUAGAUGAUUCCCCAAUGACUGAAGACACUCUUGACUCUGAAUAUGAACUCUUAGAGGAUAAAGUGAUUGGGCUCGGUGGCUCUGGCAAAGUGUUCAAAGGGAUCAGCAAAUGGGAUGGCAAUCCGGUUGCCAUCAAGCGAAUAAACAAACAAGACCAUGAAAUAACUCUUAAGAUUCCUGGAUACUCCAAACCGCUCAUUACGGAAGUGGCGCUGAUGCUUCAGUUAAAAAAGGGGCCCUUCUCCCGCUAUGUCAUAGAGAUGUAUGACUGGUAUGAGACGAAACAAUUUUACAAUCUCGUGUUGGAGUACCCUCUGAACAGCAUAUCCUUGAGGCGUUUUGUUACUCGUCGAAGAAAACUAAGUGAAAAUACAGCAAGAGAUCUCAUGUUUCAGGCGGUACUGGCAGUAGAACACUGUCUGGAUUAUGGAGUUUUCCACACAGACCUCCAUGCCAGCAACUUCCUGGUACAGGAAUCAACAUUGGGCCUGAAGUUAAUUGACUUUGGACUUGGACAUCUUCUUAAACGUGGGGGCUAUAAGUCCUACGAAUUUAGAGGAGCUCCAUGUUGCACCCCACCUGAGAUCCAAACAGGUGGUAAAGUCCGCGCCAUGCCAGCAAACGUCUGGGCCUUAGGUGCUUUGCUGUACUUCAUGGUGCUUGGAACUUACCCCUUUCCUUUCAACAAGUUUUCUUUGGACAACCUGAACGGAAAAAAGGAUUUAUCAAAGGAAAUCUGUCAUCUGUUAAGAUGGUGCAUGGCCAUGGAUCCAAGUGAUCGUCCGACCCUCAGGCAGAUCUUAGAUCAUGACUGGUUUAAGAUGUUCAGUUUCUGAGUUACUCAGACUGGUAAACUGAGUAUGAUGAAGAAGAGCUACUCUCAUACAAAAUGAGGGCACCAGGCACUAACACAGACGAAGCUUAAUGACUGAAGGAGAGAGGAAUGAUGGGAGAUACUGUUUUCAUGGAUGAGAUUGUAUUUCAGCCUCAGACAUCAUGACCACAGACCGCUGGCUGAACGUCUGACGCAGAUCCUGUCUCGUCCUUGAACACAUUAAAUAAAAAUGUUUUAAUUCAUAUUGUUUUAAUUCUUUUAAGUUGUAUAAUAUAGUAUCUAAUAUAUAGUUAUCCUUUAUAGAAUCAGCUGUCUGGCUCUCUCUUUAGGGUUUAGGGAGUCAGCUUACAUUGGCUUAACUUAAAUCUCUCUUCUAUACAUUACAUUAUUACAAUGCUUGAUACAAUGCUUGUUUAAUCUGUACUUUUUUCUGUAUUUUUUCCUUUUUUAUUAAUGUAAAGCUGCUUUGAAAUAAUGAAACAAUUGUGAAAAGUGCUACAGAAUAUAAAUAAAAUUGAAUUGAACAUGGAAGACUUUUCUUUAGCAAAUGUUUUAAUUAGCUUUUUUUACUUUUUUAUUUGAUCAAACUGAUUAACUUGGGUCACUUAUACAUGUUUUUCAUAUGCAAUAUCAAACCAUUGACCUUGGUAUAAAAUACUGUGAGUUAACUAAUUAAUCCAAUCAGA